CGAAAGGGGCACUUCCGGUUUUGCAACCCCGGGAGCCGGCGGCGUUGGUCGGGCCCUUUAGGGCCUCAUUCGGAAGCUCUGCCUUCGCUUGGGUCUUUCUAAAAAGACAGCGUCGGUCUGGACCGAGUGGGACAGCGUCCCGGGCUCCCUGCGUGUCUCCCAUGGCGGAUACGACCCCGAACGGCCCCCAAGGGGCGGGCGCUGUGCAAUUCAUGAUGACCAAUAAACUGGACACAGCAAUGUGGCUUUCUCGCUUGUUCACAGUGUACUGCUCCGCUUUGUUUGUCCUGCCUCUUCUUGGGUUGCAUGAAGCAGCAAGCUUUUACCAGCGUGCUUUGCUGGCAAAUGCUCUCACCAGUGCUCUGAGGCUGCAUCAGAGAUUACCACACUUCCAGUUAAGCAGAGCAUUCCUGGCUCAGGCCUUGUUAGAGGACAGCUGUCACUACCUGCUGUAUUCACUCAUUUUCGUCAAUUCCUACCCCGUUACAAUGAGUAUAUUCCCAGUCUUGUUAUUUUCUUUGCUUCAUGCUGCCACAUACACUAAGAAGGUCCUUGAUGCGAAGGGUUCAAAUAGUUUACCUCUGCUGAGGUCCGUCUUGGAUAAGUUAAGUGCUAACCAACAAAACGUCCUGAAGUUCAUCGCUUGCAAUGAGAUCCUCUUGAUGCCUGCCACAGUCUUUAUGCUCUUUAGUGGCCAAGGAAGUUUGCUGCAGCCUUUUAUAUACUACAGAUUUCUCACUCUUCGUUAUUCCUCUAGAAGAAAUCCAUAUUGUCGGAACUUGUUUAAUGAACUGAGGAUUGUUGUGGAGCACAUUAUAAUGAAGCCCUCCUGCCCACUGUUUGUGAGAAGACUGUGUCUCCAGAGCAUUGCCUUCAUUAGCAGACUGGCACCAACAGUUGCGUAGUCUAACCUCUAGUUAAGCUGUGUGUAGAAGAUAGCAUUAGUAGCUGGUAAUUCAGAUAGGGGUCUAAAUGACAGACAGGUCUAACACCGGCCUCAGUUCAGUUUACGUGAUUUACGUAAAUGCAUCUCAGUGCAAAAAUAAUCAUUUUCCUGGCAUGUUAAAUCAAGCCUUUAACAGUUUCUGAGAAAAUUUUACUGUGCAUUAUUGUUUGUGGUAUGUAAAUUUGUAUUUAGUGAUAAAUGUUACUAAAUUGUUUUAGAUGCUGCUAUGCCUACAUCAUGAAAUACAUUUAUUUCUUUUAAAAAGAAUUCUGAACUUUGUUUCACCUCAACCAUUAACCCAAGUUAUGUCUGGAAUGAGUUCAUUAUGGUAAUAGAUGAAUUCAGUAAAUUUUGAGACAGUAUUUUUUUCCAUUCAUUAGUUUUGGUUGAGAUUUUCACAGAAGCACAUUCCCCUGCAGUUUCAUUUCACAUUCAGCUUGUGCUGCUUUGCUAGGACAGAUGUGUUUAGCCUGCACCAUUACAAGGGAAAUUCUGUAUUUAUUUUAUGCCCUGCUAAGCUUUCAUUCCCAUCAGUCCAUCUGUGGCUUUGAUAGUGUUUGAAAACGGCUUGGCUGUAAGCCUGUUUUGGAUUAGCUCUUUGGGGUCCUGUAACCAUGUACUCUAGAAGGUGGUAGUGACACAGCGUUCCUUUGAGAGACCUACUGAGUAACUUUGACCAUGUCCCCAGAUAGGCAUCAGUGUUGCUGUAGUGUGUAGAAACACCUAGUUCAGUGUCUUGACUCCAGUUUUCUUGGUUUCUCAGGCUUGAAAGGUCCUAGAAAUUUGCAGCAGCAGUUCUGAUGCCUUUGAAAGGAUGUGAUUGAAGAUUGAGCAUGUGAUUACACUUGUAUGUUCUGAAAUAAUGAAGACUAUUCUGUAGAUUACAUGUUUAUCCAGCAAAUAUGAUUCAAAAGGUUAAAUGGAAAGGUUUAUAGGUAAGGUAAUUAAUGGGGAAUAGUUGAGGGGGAUAAUGGGUGUUUCAGCCUGGUAAAGCAUACAUGAGGUUGGGGGGAUUGGAUGCAUAAUGCAUCUGUGAUUGGGGCUGGAUAAUAUGUUCAAGUCUUUUAAUUGAGUUUCCAUCAAUUCCUUUAUAGAAGUCAUUUUGAUCCUUAUUACUGUUGCAUGAUUGGAAAUACUUAAAACAAUGCACAAUUUUAGUAUAGAGUAAUGUAAUGUUGUGGUCUUUUUUUUGUGCCCAGUUCUCUUCUAUCUGCAUGUAAUUUGGAUUUCUCGAUCCAUUCAUUAGUAGCUUGUAACAUCAGUUUUCUUUUUGUUUAAGCUCCUAAUCUAUAGAAAGGUGAUAGUCUUGGGGUAGACUUCCAGAAAAUACUACAUGACAGCUUAGCUUUAACCAGCUACUUUUACAUUUUUAUAAUAUUUAUCUACCAAGUUGGAGAAGCAACUUGAUAAUAUCCUGUUGAUUUUUUUUAAUGUAUGUGCCUAGCCUCCUUAUCACUAUAUAUGUAAUCUGAUGGUUUUAAAAAUACAACUUUGUAGAGCAAUAAAGUGACUGUAACGUUAUGUAAACAUGCUGAUUUCUAAGAUGUUCUAAAACAUUGUCUUGAGUGACAUCGAGUUCUGGCAGCUAAAGGAAUAUUUAUUUUGAAUAUUUUCUCUCUUUUUUUUUUCAAUCUUGGAACAUUUUAGAUUUAUAAGAGGUUCAGAAUAGUAGUACAGAGAGUUCCCAUGUACCUCUUACCUGUCUAUUUUUAUAUUAGCAUCUUUUAAUUAGUAAGACAUUUAUGCAAAGUAAGAUAAUAACCUUGGAUUAACUAAAGUACAAAAUUUAUUUGAAUUUCACCAAUUUUUCUAUCUGUUGUAUGUGUGUGCUGUGUUUGUACCUGGAUUGCCUUUUAUGUUUCAAGGUGUAUAAGUGAGUUUUAGAUCUUUAUAAUAUUGGUCAAAAUAUUUCCUUAGAGGAGCUAAUUCAUGCUGGCUUUAACAAUGUAAUUUCCAAUGUUUAAUGAUAUAAAUUAAGCCUUUUUAAUGAUACUGCAGAAUUACAUUAUUUCUGAUACACCCGUGCUUGAAUGGAAAUAUAGAUUUGUUCCUUAAAGGAAGGUGCAGAAUAUAAAUAAUAUUCUCAAACCCAUGAAAAGGCAAAUUUUAUAAUUUGAACAUUACUAGAUGUUUACAAACUAGAUGAUUACUAGUUUGCAUGAAGUUGUAGUUAGAAAUAUCACAUUGUGUGUGAAUGUGUACAGUCAGCUGAUCUUGAAUCUGAAAUUAGUGUUUCCAUGUACGCCUAUCAAAAUACAGGAAAUGUAACAGUGCAUAAAGUGGAUGAGCAGGGGAAACGUAACACUUACUGCAUAACUAAAGUUUAAAGGAAGUUGGUUUAUCAUCCAGAAUAUCUAGUCCUUUAGGAACUGGAACAGUGCUGUUGUUUGUUAAACCCCAUUGGACAGAUGGAAGCUUCAUACAAAACCUGUUGUUCUCUAGCAAGCAUUCUGUAUUCCUUUGUGUACUUCAUCUCUCAUUGAGUUGAAUGGAUUUUUUUUUUUUUUUUUUUUUUUUUUUUUUUUUGGUUUGUUCUCGAGAUAGGGUGUCUUUGAGUAGUCCUGGCUGUCCCAGAACUCAGACCAGACUGGCCUUGAACUCCCAGAGAUCUGCCUGUCUCUGCCUCCCAAGUCCUGGGGUUAAAGGCAUGCCUGGCAAGUUGGCUAUAUUUUAAUAUUAAGCCACAGAGCAAUUUCUUAAGUGCAACUUGUAUUUAAAUUUGCUUGAAAUAAAAUUUCCCUAAGGUAAAUGCUUUUGGAAGAAAAACAACAAAGCUAAUUGUAAAAGUUAAAUUUAGAUACUUAUGUAUCCCUUACGGAGAAUGUCAAGGCAAGCUUGAUAACAAACCAGAAGUUCUGGAAAAUUAAUGGAUUCUGUUGAAUAAAAAUUGCAAAGCCCUACAUCUAAAGAUCUAGACAAAAAUUUGAAUUAGAUUUGUAAGUUUAGAAAAUACCCUAGAAAGGAAAAUGGAUGCAUAUGUAACUAGACAAAUAGAACUGAGUUCUCUAAAAAACGUUUCAGUUGAGAGAUUAUGGUAAAAUCCUCAGCUAACAUUGAGGAGUUUGAUUGAUGAAUCAUCUGGGGGGAAAAUAGCUGUGGACAGUUAAUGUUUAUAAUCAGUAGGUGUCACUCUUUCCUUGGGUAGUCCCCAUCUUUACAGCUGUGUUUGGUGAAAUGCUAUGUUACCGAACGUGCUUAACUGACCAUAAUACUAGGCAUUUUAAUUCUGUGACCCCUGUAAUUGAACAGUGAACAAGUAUUUGGUAAGUACUUAUGUGCAUGCUGGGAGAUGGGCCUGGGGAUUGACACCUGGGCCUCUUGUUCUACCACUGGGCUAUACUUCCAUCUUAGGAGUACUGCUUUAUAAUAUAAAAUAUUCAAAAGAAAUUCACUGCCAAUAUGAGCUAGUAAAACUGGACACAGUUGGGAGUGACAUGUGUGCUGCUGUCUCUGUCAUCUCUUCAUUCUCGGCCUAAGUCCCCUGAGGACAUAAAUGGUAAGAUGAUUAUUUCCCCUUUCCAGAUGUAGAGAAAUGAUAGCUACUUUUUUCAUCUUUUCUUAUAUAGAGAGAUGGAAUUUUAAUUUUUUCCAUCAUUUGUAGGUACACUAGAUAGAAUCAAUUUAACUUAUGAUUGAGACUUUCCAAGUAAUAUGAAAGCACUUAACAGUUUGUAUAUUAUAUCAGGAGUGCUACCUGAGUUUGAAAACCAAGUGUAGUUGUAAAGGUUUUUCUUGGCACCACUGGCCUUCCUAGGACCAGGGGAAUUCCACACAGGCAGUGUGUUGGUGAGCUUGACAAACAGUAUACUAGAGCAUGGCAUACCUUUGAAAAGUCUGGAGUUUCUCGACACUUCUUUAAUGCAUACAGUCUUUUGUUGUUGUUUUCUCGAGACAGGGUUUCUUUGUGUAGUUUUGGUUCCUGUCCUGGAUCUCGCUCUGUAGACCAGGCUGGCCUCGAACUCACAGAGUCCUGAGUGCUGGGAUUACAGGCGUGCACCACCGCCACCUGGCUCAUACAGUCUUGUAUAGUUUGACUGCAAAGCCAUUCUUGGAGCUGGUAUCAAGGAUAUCAAAGGAGCUGCUGGGAGUUUGGAAGGUAUCCUGUAAUUAGUUCAUCAAUGAGAUUUUUGUGAUCUGAGGUGGCACUUAAGUGGCUUAUCCAGAAUGGCCACAUUCUUGGGUGAAUGCUCUCUCUGGGGUCUCCCUUUUUGUGUUGUGCAUGCCAUGUAACUGACACACACUGAGUUUGAGUUGGUGGUGACAAGACAAAAUGCAGUAUUCUUUGUAUCUGAAGUGGAUUCUUUUUCUUUGAAAACUAUAGGGAAAAGUUGAUGGAUAGCUGUGUUUCCUAGAGUCUUAACAAUUGGCUAUUGUAGGAGAAAGAAGGGCCCAAGAAUCAUUUCAAUUUUUUUUUCUUUCCUAGCUUGUUGCUUACUUGCUUUCUCCCUUCUUCCCCACCUCCACCCGCAUCCCCAACAGGGUUUCUCUGUGUAGCUCUGACUGUCCUGGAACUCACUCUAUAGUCCAGGCUGACCUCAAACUCAGGGAUCCGCCUGCCUCUGCCUCCCUUUUUUUUCUAGCCUUCUAAAGCUACAUUUUAAAAAUAGGCUUAGCAUUUUUGAAACUAACCUUUGUUGUUCAUAACAUUUAAUUCCAAGCUUUUACUCUUCUCUUGUGUAACUUUAAGAACAUUUCCUUUUGACAUUAGUUUUUGUCUAGGUGUAUCUGUAAAUUGAGACCAAAAGAGCAACAUCUUGGGCAGGUAAUAUUUAUGAUGUGUGUAUAUUGGAACAAAUAUACAAGGAUUGCGAAGAUUAGAAAGAGUCAUGGAAACUGCUUGACUUAUAAAUGCAUCACUGCUGGUGCUUGAUAUAACAGGAGAUAUUGAACUAAAAAAUUGUAUAUACAGAAUGUCAGCAUUUCUUACUAAACUUCUCCUGAAUCCAUUUUUAAUAUAUUAUAUAGGUUGGGGAGUUAUAUAUACUCUUCAAGCCAAUACUGUCCAGACUGUAGAUUUAUAAAAUAAAUUGAAAAAUUCAUCAUUCUCCUGUAUUCAAGACCAAAGCACAUAAUGCUAAUGCAGGGCUCAGAGGGGAAAUACCAUUCUCCUGCAUAUUUGAGAAAAUGUGAAGUCCUUUCAAGAAAAUGUAAUAAACAUCAUAAUCAUAGCCUGCUGACACUAAGGAAAAAGGACCUCAUUCGCUCUUUCUUUUAUGCAGCGAUUUACUGGUCUCUGCUGAUUCCAAAUUGGAUCACUGUAGUAAAUUAUCCAUGCUGGUACCUGUGAAAGUAAGCCCUAGGAUCCAUAUUUGUUUUGUGUUCUGCUUAAAUCAGCAAGAAUGAUAAAUUUGAUGGUGUGAAAUUGGAAGUAUCAAGGGCUUUCUUUGAUGGUUGAGCAAAGUCUUGUCUCCACCUGUAAUUUUUUGUUACCCUUUUUCACUGUAUGUGCUUCAUAUGUCUAAUAUUUAUUUCAAUACAAAUUAAAUUGUUCUUCCAUCUAUAAUGUUAUACCUAACAUUUUAUUGAUGUAAAGUCAAAUUGUGUAAUAAAAGUCUUUCUGGAUUUAA